AUGUAUAACACACAUCGCGGGAUGGUUCCCGCUCCCAACUCCCGUUUGAAUGAGUUGCUGGACCAGCUGCGCCAAGAGUUCGAAAAUCAGUCGCGGAGCACUGGCGAGUUUGAGCAUCAGUUAACCGGUCAACUCCAGGAAAUGGAGAUGAUUCGACAAAAAGUCUACCAGCUCGAGCAGGCUCAGAUUAAGAUGAAACAAGAUUAUGAGGCGGAAAUUCGCGUCUUGCGCCAUGAACUGGAGUCGCGCGGCGUUCAGACCGUUUCAUCUCACAUUGGCGGCCCUGCACAGCAUGCUGGUCCCUCUCAAGCGCCUCCACCUGCAUUGGGUCAUGGCCCUAGCAAUCUGUUUGGUGGCAUUAUGACCAACCAAGGAGGUAGUGGCCCCGGUCUUGCCCCUCCCCCUCCCCAGGAUCAGCAGCCUCCCCAGCAUAGCCUUCAACAGCCUGCUCCGGCGGCCCAGCAAGGAGCGCCGCAACCCCCGCAGAGCUCUUUUGGAGGAUAUCAGCCUGGUGCUGCUGUGAACGGUUAUGGACCUCCCCCUCCCCCUACCGCCUCCCCUGGACCCGGUAAACGUCCUCGCGCCCCUCCUGGACCUGCCACCCCUCAGCAAUCCCACCAACUGGCUUAUCCGGACCCCCGAGUUUCCCCUCAGCUCGCCAGACCUACCCCUCCUAGCGGACCCGUCGCCGUCCGUGAUCGGCCCGGUAACAUGCUAGCCAACUGGAACCCCGAUGACCUGCCUGCUUCGCAGAAGAGAGAAGGCGCCGACUGGUACGCCGUUUUCAACCCCGAGGUGCAGCGCGUUUUGGACGUCGAGCUGGUUCACCAUCUCGUCCACGACAGCGUUGUCUGCUGCGUUCGUUUCAGCCGCGAUGGCAAGUACCUUGCGACUGGUUGCAACCGUUCCGCCCAGAUCUUCGACGUGACCACUGGUCAAAAUGUCGCCACUCUGCAGGAUGAGAAUGUUGACAAGAACGGCGAUCUCUACAUCCGUAGCGUGUGCUUCAGCCCCGAUGGCAAGUAUCUGGCUACCGGUGCUGAAGAUAAGCAAAUUAGGGUUUGGGAUAUCAACUCUCGUACCAUCAAGCACAUUUUCACCGGCCACGAACAAGAUAUCUAUUCUCUUGACUUUGCCGGCAACGGCCGCUACAUUGCUUCCGGCAGUGGUGACAAGACCGUGCGUCUUUGGGAUAUCCUGGAUGGCAAGCUGGUCUACACUCUUAGCAUCGAAGAUGGUGUGACUACCGUCGCCAUGUCCCCCGAUGGUCACUAUGUUGCCGCUGGUUCUCUUGACAAGAGUGUGCGCGUUUGGGAUACCACCACUGGGUACCUAGUUGAGCGCCUGGAAAGCCCUGAUGGCCACAAGGACAGCGUGUACUCGGUCGCUUUCGCACCCAACGGAAAGGACCUUGUCAGCGGCAGUCUUGACAAGACCAUCAAACUUUGGGAGCUCAAUGUGCCCCGUGGUGCAUACCCUGGAACUGGUGUUAAGGGCGGCAAGUGCGUGCGGACGUUCGAAGGACACAAGGACUUCGUGCUUAGUGUCUGCUUGACUCCCGAUGGCCAUUGGGUCAUGAGUGGUUCCAAGGACAGGGGCGUUCAAUUCUGGGAUCCCAUUACUGGUAAUGCUCAGAUGAUGCUCCAAGGACACAAGAACUCUGUUAUUUCGGUUGCGCCUAGUCCUACAGGUAACCUGUUUGCUACUGGCAGUGGUGACAUGCGUGCAAGAAUCUGGAGAUACUCUGCGUACACUGGACGGUGA